AUGGAAAACAAAGUCUUUAUUAUUCAUGGAAAACAAUACACAUUCAAAAAAGAACUUGGUAGUGGUGGAUUUGGCUAUGUUUAUAACGCACGUCGACAUGUAGAUAAUAAACAAGUUGCUAUUAAAGUUGUAACAUUAGCAUUGAAAAAAGCUGAAAAAUCAUAUCGAAAUUUAGAAUCAGUUCUUAGUGAAUUUCGACAAACAAGAAAAUUAACUGAAAUGUCAGAUUAUAUAGUACAUAUGUUUGAUUGUGGUUUCAGUGCUCAACAUGGUGUAGCAUAUCUUGUUAUGGAACUUGGUCAACAAGAUUUUGGAAAAUAUCUAUUAGAAAGACCUGCACUUACACCUGUCGAAAGAAAAACAAUAUGGCGUCAAUUUGUUGCAAUUGCUAUUACUCUUCAAAACAAUCAUAUUGUACAUCGCGAUAUUAAACCACAAAAUCUUAUUGUAUUUCCUGGUGUAAAAGUUAAAUUAUGUGAUUUUGGUAUUGCUACACAAGCUCUUGAAAGAUCUGAACGUACUGGUACUUAUCCAUAUUCAGCACCUGAAGUAACGAAACCUACACCUACAACAAUACUUACAACAAAAGCCGAUGUUUGGUCUUGGGGUGCUGUUCUUUAUCGUAUGACAUAUUUAGUACGACCUGAUUAUGUUGCUCCAUGUUAUUAUCCACCUGAAGGACAAUUGACAACAUCUGAAGCACAACUUUUUGAUAUACUUCGACAUACACUUGUUAAAAAUCCAGAGAAACGAGCAAGUGUUUCAUGGUUGUCUAAACACGCAUAUACAAAAACAGAUUAA